CAGAUGCUUUUCUUCUGGAUCACAAUCAUAACUAUUGCACUAUACGCUAUACUUCAGCUUUUUUUUUCCUUUGAAUCUCUUUUUUAACAUGUACUCUUUGUAAAUGAGUCAUGUGGUUUUUGAUUCUAAAAUAAUUCAACUUUUCUUUUUCUACUUCUACACCCAGCUUUUAUAUAAUCAACCUCACAUGUGUGUACCCAUUUUCCCAAGUCCCUUUUAUCCAGGAUUGUUCUGAAACACAUAGAGAGAGAGAGAGAGAGAGGGAGAGAUGGGUGUUACAGGAGGACUUGUGAGAAGCAUUUUCUUCAGAAACAAAUCAUUUGGGGCUCAUGACUACAACAACAAUGGAAGAAGCAAUCUAGGAGAGAAGAAAAGAUGGAGCUCGGUAAGAUCAUACCUAUGUGGAGAUGAAUUCAACUCUGUUCUCGCUGUGGAUGACUCAGGAUCAAUAAAAGAUUCUUUAGACCCUCUUCUUACAAUGUCUAAGCAACUGAGUUCUGAUUCGGUUCUGGCUAUCCAAGAUUCAGCUUCUGUGAAACUACAUCAGGAGGAGGAGGAGGAGGACUCUGUAUCAGGUAAGAACUCAGAGGUUUCAGUAACUCAGCCUUUACACAAAGAAGAACAAAGCGAAGCAACAGAGACGCACAUACCAAAGAGGCAUCAGACUACUCUAAUCUCUAAGCUGUUCCUAGAAGAAGAUGCUGCAGUCAAAAUUCAAUCAGCAUUCAGGACUUACCUGGCAAAACGUGGGAGCAACGAAGUGGAAGAAACGUUUGAUAAGGAGGAGAGCGAGGAAUCACAAGGUAAAGUAUCCAUGGGGACAUCACUAGAAAUUCAGACAUGUAGUUCCGUGAAAGCACCUUUCCUUAGAAGAAAACGAGUAAGAACAUUACACAAGAACAACACUCAAGUUCUGAGGAUAAAGGAAGAGUGGGAUGAUAGCACAGUGAGCAGCACCAUAUCAAAGUCGAGGAUUCAAAGCAGAAUUGAAGCAAUGACAAAACGGGAGAGAGCACUUGCUUACGCAUUUUCACAGCAGGGCAUUUUGUUUAUAAAGCUAAGGAUAUGCACAAAGAAGAAGCAAGUAGAACGCAACAGUGAAGAUGAAUCAAACAUCGGUUGGAGCUGGCUAGAGCGCUGGAUGGCAACUCGUGUACCAGAGAUUGAGGCCAGAACGAACAUUCAAGAAAAUGGUACGAUGAAAAGUCAAAGAUUGGUUAGAAAGAAUAGAUCUUUUAGUAGUAGUAUAGGUGGCGAGUUGGAGAGCUGUGCCUCCAACGAUAUUCCUCUCCAAUUUGAAAGCAUAUCGGAAGAGGAAACAGAAGAGUUGCAGAGAGAAAAGAGCAAAUCUGUUCCAAGCUACAAAAACGAGAGAAGGCAUAAUAACAGCUUCAGGCAAGGAAAAAAGACAUGCAACAACAAACAAAGAAGGCCAAGACCGCACCCAAAAUGGGAAAUGAACACGAAGAAACCUCGCGGAAGAUAAAUAGCAGCAGCAGCUAAAGAUGAUAAUAACCUGUAUAAAUCUUUGCUGAGUUUUUUACGAAUCAGAUGACAACAUUCUGUAAAUUGUUUGGGGAAUUAAAUGAUAUGAGAAAUAUUCAUGUUUUCACCAAA